GCUAUUGGACAUGAGAGCAACACAUGAUAAACAUCCAGGCCAAGAUGAUGAUGGUGUUGCUAGAGCCAGAUCUACGAAACAGCCACCUUCUCCUCCGUCUCAAACAACAUGGUACCUAACUCUGGAGCCACACGACCACAGACUCCCAGUGAUGACAGUGGACUGGCCAGUCAGCAAGUCAGUGUGGCCAACAGUGAAGCCACGCUGAUGGCGACUCCAAUUGUGGAAGACUCAGAUGAGACCCAGAUGUUAGCAGGUAUCAGUUAUGACCAGCCUCAGUUGGGGAUGUUGUCAGUGUCAUUCCUGGACGCCACUCACCACUCCACCCACCAUCCUCCUCCUCUCUCCUCCUCCCUGGCCCUCCAGACUGACCUCAUGAGUGCUGCUGAUUACCAUCGUAAGUUGGUUGUCUCCACUGCAGAGAGGAAUGAAGCUGCCUUAUCUCAGGAGUCUCAGGGGCAGAGAGUGUCAGAGUUAGAGAGAGAGGUCAGACUUAGAGAUGAGAGGUUGACUGACACUCUGCAACAGGUGACCACUGCUCAAGACAACCUCCUGAGAGUGGUGAGUGAGACUGAAGAGGCCAAGACUGAGGUAGAGAGUCUGAGACAACAGCUGUUGGCAGCUCAGGAAACCCUCACAGCUAUGCAGCAGGGCGACAGGGAGGCCCGGGAGCAGUUGAGAGAGGCAAGGGACAGUAUCCAGGCCCAGAAACAAACUCUGGAGUCACUGCAGACUCAGUGCCAACUGCGGGUCCAGAUGCUGGACUCUCAGAUCCUCCAGCUACAGGAGGAGCUGCAGGCAGCCCAGAGGAACUGUGCCGGAGCGGUACACGAGAAGGAGGCUAUGCACCAGGAGAACAAGAGACUAGCCAGGCUACAGGUGGCCCUGGAGGGAAUGCUGCGUCGAGUCGAGGCUGAGACCGGGGAUAGACAGAGGGAACUGGAGGCCCAGUUGAGACAGAGGGAGGAUGAGGUUCGAGAGCUGGAGGCUGUACGAGCCGAGGUUGUGUGUGCUCAGAGAGAGGCCCAGGAGGGCCUCACUGCCGAGAGAGAUGAGCUGCGACAGAGACUGGGGGAUGUGGAGCACCAGUUGGCUCUUCUCAGGCCGCAUCCUCUGAAGAUCAGGCCGCGAGGAUACGAGAACUUAGUGUCCAAGCUGCAGAGAGAGUUGCUACAGCAGCAAGAGUGUCCAGAUCUCUUGAGAAUCACAUCACUCUUCUCAGAGACACACUCACCAGCAAAGGUCUCACCAGGAACAGAGGCUCUCCAGCAGACCAGGGCCCAGCUGAGGUCUAGAGAGACAGGAGAUGGAGACGGGAGAGCACAGACUGCCACUAGUCAGCGUGUGAUACAAGUUAGGCUUAGGUGUUGGCUGGUGGAAAGGAGGAGGGUGUGCAGCAACUCAGCAGCUCAUCGGCUAUCUCCCUUCUCUCCAGUACUAGCACAAGUAAGACUGCCUAUCCUUGCUGCUGGAAAAGAGUGGUUCGAGGUCUAUUCUGAGGAGGAUAGCAGAUCUGUCCCGAGUCCUCUCCCAGUAGGCACACAUUGUCAACCAACUGUCCAAAAACAACUUCUUACUCUUUGCCAUCGGUUUUGCAAACAGCUACCUCCUUUGAGUGUGGAGCAGUUGACGGCAGCAGUCAACAGUCUCAGUCAAGUAGUGGGAGCUCUCUCUGAGAGGUUGUCAGCAGUGAGUGAUCUACUGACUCAGUUGAUAUCUGGUGACAGAGAGGCUCUGGCCAGAGACACCGACUCUCUCAGAGACACCAUUGCUUCCCUCCAGACCCAACUACAACAACAGUCUGAAGGUGUAUCAGUUCAAACCCAGAAAGUCUUUGAAGAGAAUGAGCAGUUGAGAAUCGAAUUAAGAGAUGCAGAACAUCGCUUACGGCACCAAAGUGAAAUCAAUGCACAACAAAGAGCAUCUGUGGAGGCAGAGUCCUCGCGAGGUGCUCAGUUGGAGAGAGAGAAGCUAGCCGCAGUUUCGCAGCUGGAGACAGAGGUCAAAGGUCUUCAGAGACUCUUGAAAUCGGUGACCUCUGACCUGGAGGAGGCCCAGUCUCGUCUGGCGGAGUACCAGGAGGCAGAGGGCUCUCUGGAGCGAUCCACUCACACCAUCUCCUCCCUACACCAGGAGCUAAGAGCUUCGAAAGAGAAGGAGGCAGAGUUGGAUAAAGCUCUUCAUGAGCUGACUCAGUCCCAGUCAGAGAUGGGACAGCGACGGGGCAGCACUCACAUGCAACACCAGGCAACACUGGCUUCACUGCAGGAUUGUCGUCAUGGUAUCCAGGAAGCGUUGGAGGUGGAGAGGGCCACCAAGGAUGAGAUGGUUGGCCGGUUGUCAGAGGUACAGGGCCAGCUGGAGGAGUCCCAGGAAGCUAGGGGGGCUGACGCGGCAGAGAGGAGACAGAGACUGGAGGAGUGUGAGAGGGAGCUAGAGAGAGGGAGGAGGGCAGGGGAGGCACAGGGGGGAGAGAGAUGCCGAGCUGGGCAGGGGGGAGCACUACAGUCAGCUGUUGGAGAAACGAGCGGAGGAUGGUGGUGGGCUUCGCUCCAGUCUCGCGGCCAAGGAGAGGGAGCGACAGAGACGGUUAGACAGAGUCCUGCAGGAGAGGUGGCCCGGCCAAGGUCCAGGGAGAGCUGCAGCACGAGAGCCGCUGCCAGACUGAUCAACAGCACAUCUCCUCCUAUACAGAGCAUGUAUCUAGUCUCCGUGCUGAGGGAGAGAGUAGAGCUGGAGAGGAGACUGUGAGGCAAAACUGGAGUUGGACCAACUUAGAAGACAACUACAUCAGCUGCAAGCUACCUCAGAGAAGCAAAGAGAGACAGUGUCAGAGGCACAGAGGGAAAAGCAGCAGCUCCAAGCCAUCAGUUUCUGGACUCCAAACUCAAAUCACUUCUCUUCAAAAGAAGACUUCUCGUGACAGAGAGGAGGUUGCAGACUUAGUGAGGCAUUGGCAACAAGGAGGAGGAAGUUGCUGGACUAGAGGACAACUGAUUGCCUCAGACUCCAGUCCCUCACACCCCACUCUACCCUGGAACUCUCCAGGCUAAGCUAAUGAGACUGUAGACGCGGUACCGGGAGGCGGAGGUCCACCGCAAGCCCUCGUCUUCACAGAAGAACUACUCCAGUGCAGGUGGAGCCGUCUUGCAGACGCAGCAGGACAGCUCUGGUCAUGAGGCGAGAUGGGGGCCUCUCGCCAGCACACACAUCGCACGUACAAAGUCUCGUGGACUGCGGAGAAUGAAGACUGUGGUUGCACGUGGUAAUGGCAGCUUCCGUUUCAAUACGUGGUCGGAGAAGGAAUCAGUACAUUAGGUUUACUCUAACCGCGUCGAGAGAGAGAAAACCGCUGCAGUUUACCACAGAGGACCACACAUCGGAUGGUAUCAGACGGUACUGGCAUCGAUGCAAUAUCAGCUCUUACAAGCCACCGUUGCGUCCUCAACAACUCCAGCAUUUCCUCUCCUUCCACAACACUCCAGGCUGAGGCAGUCAAAGAGGGCACACCAGUAUUCAUCUCACUGAACAUGCUCCAC